GUGCUGGGCCUCCUAGCGAGCGGGCGAGGAGGUAGUGGGUCACUCUCUUGCUACUGCUGACCUCUCUCUCUCUCUCUCUAGAACUGUCUUUAGAGAUCAGUAUCAAUCUCUGAAUGGAUAUUAAGAGAAGCCGAGAUGUUUACCAGAGCGGCUGUCUCCUGGUUAUCUAAAGCGGUGGUGUGUGUAGUGUGUGGUGUCGCACUGCUAGGAGUCGAUGGAGUUUCAAUUGGAACCUCCAGUAUGGGUUCGUCUACCUGUGAGCCCAUCUCUGUGCCCAUGUGCAUCAACGAACUGCCGUAUAACGCCACCUGUAUGCCCAACAUCUUCGACCAUACCACGCAGGAUGAAGCCAGAUUUGAGCUGCGCAAGUAUAGACUCAUGCUGGAGCAUGGCUGCUCCUCCGCCCUGCGGGAGCUGGCAUGUAGCGUGUACCUGCCGGCGUGUACCGCUUCGGGCCAAGUAUUACUGCCCUGUCGCAGCCUCUGCCUCGCCGCCUGGGCAGACUGUGAGUCCACCAUGAACCUGCAUGACAUGUCGUGGCCGCAGGAGCUGGACUGUGACAAGUUCCCAGACGGACCGGGCGAGGGGCUCUGCAUGGAGGGUAGGAAGAUUUACUCUGAAAAUUCUGAAAAUACCUUCAUGGCCACGGUGAAAGACAUGGCUCCACCUAUUCACAGCUCGACAGUCAACAGCGCAGCAGUGGCCGUCAGCAACACCCACAGUGGUGAGCAUCACUGCGAAGCCAUUAGAGUGCCCAUGUGUUCCGACCUGCCCUACAACACCACCCGCCUCCCCAAUGCUCUUCACCAUAAAACUCAGGAACAAGCGUCUUCCAUAGUUCUCUUUCUGUUGCCAGUUAUGAUGUCUGAGUGUUCUCCUGACCUGCGACUCUUGGUGUGUAGCAUCUUCGUGCCGCCGUGCGCGUCGUCAGAGAAGGAGCGACUACCUUGUCGCAGUCUGUGUGCGUCUGUCAGGUCUGGCUGUGAAGGACUUAUGAACAGAUUCAACAUCCCGUGGCCCUCUGAGCUGGUCUGCGAUAUGCUGCCAUCUGGCCCCAACGAUGGGUGUGUCGGUGGAAAUGUAGAGUCCACAGAGGACUACACGCUAGCCACGACCUCUGGAGCACCCUACAAUCCACCAGAAGAAGGACGUGAUCUCAACACCCAGGUCGCACCUGCGGCCGGCACUUGUGAAGCCAUAACUGCUCCUAUGUGUCACACCUUCUCACACGCCACCCACAUGCCCAAUACAUUCAACCACAGCUCGCAGGAAGAAGUGCAAGUCAAGCUUCGUCAGCUCUGGCCUUUAUUAGAAUCGCAAUGUUCACCAGAUCUCCGCUUGUUCCUGUGUACUCUCUACCUCCCGCCGUGCACUCUCCUGGAGGAGUCGAUACCACCAUGUCGAAGUAUGUGUGAGUCUGUGUAUGUUCGUUGCAGCAAUGUUCUAGACAGGCUGGGUGUGGCCUGGCCUGUGGCCUGUGAUGACCUUUCUGACGAAGGGUCGUGUGUAACCAGCAACAACACACAAGCUGUCGAUGCCCCAGCGGGAGGAAGUGUAUCGCCAACACCCACCCCAGUAUCUCUGAGCUCGAGUCUUCAACCUCUUGCAACACAUCACCACAUUCAUGACCACUGGCGCUGUGAGCACACUCUCACCGGGCUGUGUAGGGGUCUGUACAACAACACGUUCAUGCCAAACCUCUUCCAACACAGUUCCCGGGAAGCCGACCAUCAGCUACACAUGUUCUUGCCCUUGAUAGAAGCAGAGUGUUCUCCCAAUAUCCUUGCUUUCCUGUGUACUGCUUAUAUUCCGCCGUGCACCUCUCUGCAGCGGCCAGCUCCACCAUGCCGCAGCUUCUGUCUCACAGCCAAGAAAGGCUGUGACCAGCUCGUGGACACAAUGGGCCUCCAAUGGCCUGAUGCGCUGAAGUGUAGCAAUUUCCCGGAAUAUAACAUGACUGAUCCGUGUUCGGAUGAGACAUUCGAGAUUGCACAUGGCGACGCAGCAAGCAUCACGGAGGACUCCUUACCAGUCACACAGCCGACGGCUCUUGUUACAAGUAGCCCUCCAGCGGUCCCUGGCAUCGUCGGAUUUCAAAAAUUUAGUGCUGGUUGCGAGUUCAUCACUGAACCAAUGUGUCACGAUAUGCCCUACAACACAACUAUUAUGUCUGGCCUUAGCCACAGCAGUACAGAAGUUGCGAGCCUGAAACUGCACGAGUUCUUCCCUCUGGUGAAGAUGAAAUGUUCACCCGACCUGCAGCUGCUGGUCUGUAGCUUCUACGUGCCCAUCUGCACCACCCUAGAGCGACCUCCCCCACCUUGCCGCAGCCUGUGCGUCUCCGCUAGACAAGGCUGCGAAAGACUGAUGAACCAAUAUGGCUUCAUGUGGCCGCAGGAGCUCGAGUGUGGCCAGUUUCCCGCAGACCAGCGCGAGCAGCUGUGUGUUGACAACAGCACCUUCCUCUCUGUCUAGUCUCAGGAGCGCCGUCUCCCAACGGACACAAAGGACAUCAACACCAUCCACCAUGGUAGCCACCAGGGACAUCAACCUCAGCUCCUCUACAUCCCCUCCCCAAAAAAACAACUUUACAGCAUGUUUCCACCACAACUCAAUAUUAAUUAAAACAGUAACUAAAUAUUAAAUCUGACGCAUACCGCUGUAGCUCUCGUAGCGUCUGUGCCUGUCAUCCAAUAUGAGUUCACAGAUAAUACACAUAAAUACCCAUAAACAGUUAGUACCUACAUCGUCAAAAUAUGGACUGUUGUUCCUAGAACAUGUUAUGUUCGCCCCUGUUCACCCAGCAGUUAUUGGGUACCUGCUUGUAAACCGAUUAGCGGGUCUUGUUUCAGGGAAACGAGUGGGCAAGGCUUGUGUGAAACUGUUGGGAACUGCGGCGCACUUCGUGGGAAACUACGUCAGGAAGUAUAAAGAAAAUGUGAAGCUUCGUUGAAAAGAAACCCGAAGUUAUGCUGUGGUCGACACUUAUCAUACUGUGUAGUUCAAAUGACAAUUCCUGGCAAGGUCUGGAAUUGGGAAAAGAGAGAGAGAGAGAGAGAGAGAGAGAGAGAGAGAGAGAGAGAGAGAGAGAGAGAGAGAGAGAGAGAGAGAGAGAGAGAGAGAGA